AUGAUUAUUGUGAAGGAGUAUAGCAGUGAGGAGCAGCAACCCCUCGUGAUUUUGCGUCGAGGUUACAGUCAGAACUUGUCGACUGCGCAUCAAUCAGGACUCAAUCCAAAUUGGUGGAAAGAGCAAAUCUUUUCUAGAAAUUUCCAGCUUCCACAAAGCCAGCAUUUUAAGCUCAUUCAUCAACAGCGGCACAAUCACCAUCACUACCUUCUCUUUAAUCGAGCUCAGUCCUUCUUCCACUCCCUCGAUGAUUUCCUACUUCCCGACAGGCCAAAAAUUGAAAAAACUAUUCAACACUUGUAA